UUUUUUUACGUCGUGGGCGUUUCCGUCCACACUCCUGGCCGAGACCGGGAGCUAGCGUGCAGCAGCCGUCCAUUGGCAGCGACGACACCACGGCGGCCUGCGACGUUGUCAUCUUCUGUUUCUUAUUUUUCAUCCCUGUGCUUCACUGGACAAGGGAGCCGCUCCGCUCUCUAAAACAACGAUGCCCCCUCCAAUGCGGCACCGCUCCAUGCGCGUCUUCAUGAACGAUGACCGCCACGUCAUGGCCAAACACGCUGUCAUCUACCCAACUCAAGAGGAGCUGGAGAACGUACAGAACAUGGUGUCGCACACGGAGCGGGCCCUCAAGGCUGUCUCCGACUGGCUAGAUAAACAUGAGAAGGUGGCCCCCAAGCCUGACUCUGAUAGCGCAGACACCGAUAAAGAAAGUGAGUCCAGAGAUCAGGCGACCCGCUCUCUGCGGGGCGUAAUGAGGGUGGGCCUGGUUGCCAAGGGCCUGCUCCUAAAGGGCGACCUGGACCUGGAGCUGGUGCUCCUCUGUAAGGAGAAGCCGAACAACAAUCUGCUGAAGAGAGUGUCUGAAAACCUUCUGACACAGCUCAAGGUGAUCACAGAAGACAAGUACGUGGUGACGCAGCACGUCCGCGAGGCCAGCAUUGUCAUCAAGAACACCAAGGAGCCCCCUCUCACCCUCACCAUCCACCUGACGUCCCCGCUGGUCCGCGAGGACGUUGAGAAGGCUGCUUCUGGAGACUCGCUUUCAGUCAACGAUCCUCCGGAUGUUCUGGACAGGCAGAAAUGCCUAACUGCCUUGGCGUCUCUCCGCCACGCUAAGUGGUUCCAGGCCAGAGCCAACGGGCUGCGUUCCUGCGUCAUCGUCAUUCGAAUCCUACGGGACCUCUGCGCCCGCGUCCCCACAUGGGCACCGCUCCGUGGCUGGCCGCUGGAGCUGAUCUGUGAGAAGGCCAUUGGCACAGGGAACCGGCCCAUGGCGGCAGGGGAAGCUCUGCGGAGGGUUCUGGAAUGUCUGGCUUCAGGGAUCCUCAUGGCAGGUAUAUAUGGCGCGGGAAUCUCCGAUCCGUGCGAGAAAGAGGCCACCGACGCCAUCGGUCACCUGGACCCCCAGCAGAGGGAAGACAUCACAGCGAGCGCACAACACGCCUUGCGGCUGUCGGCCUUCGGUCAGCUUCACAAAGUGCUCGGGAUGGAUCCCCUCCCGUCAAAGAUGCCCAAGAAACCCCGAAGCGAGACUCCAAUCGAUUACACAGUGCAAAUCCCACCCAGCACGGCGUACGCUCCUCCAAUGAAACGGCCCAUCGAGGAAGAGGAGGGACUUGAUGACAAGAGUCCAAACAAGAAGAAGAAAAAGCUGCAGAAGAAAUCCCCGGAGGAGAAGGCCGAGCCCCCCCAGGCGAUGAACGCUCUGAUGAGGCUCAACCAGCUGAAGCCGGGUCUCCAGUACAAGCUGAUCUCCCAGACCGGCCCCAUUCACGUGCCAGUGUUCACCAUGGCUGUCGAAGUGGACGGCAAGGCCUUUGAGGCGUCCGGCCCGUCGAAGCGCACCGCCAAGCUGCACGUAGCGGUAAAGGUCCUCCAGGACAUGGGCCUGCCCACAGGAGUGGAACUGAAGGCUGCGGAGACGGUGAAAUGCGAGGAGGUGGUAGUGGCUGUCCCCGCGGAGGCCGUGAAGCCGGUCAUAACCCCCAUCGAAGCCCCCGCCGCCGCCACCGGACCGGCCGACACCUCCGAGGCCACAGAGAACACUCGGCAACAGGGACCGAUCCUAACGAAGCACGGCAAGAACCCCGUGAUGGAGCUCAACGAGAAGCGGCGCGGCCUGAAGUACGAGCUCAUCUCGGAGACGGGCGGCAGCCACGACAAGCGCUUCGUCAUGGAGGUGGCCAUCGACGGGCAGAAGUUCCAGGGCACGGGAUCCAAUAAGAAGGUGGCCAAGGCCUACGCCGCCCUGGCGGCUCUGGAGCGGCUCUUCCCUGAGGGCGCCAUGGCCGAGGCCGCUAAAAAGAAAAAGGGGCCACCCAUGCAUGCGCCAGGCUUCAACAUGAUGGGAGCCUCGGGGCCCGGAGACGCCGCCUCAGCGCGGGGCCGAGGGCGGGGAGGGCGGGGCCGCGGAAGGGGCCGGGGCUUCAAUAACGGAGGAGGCUACGGCCAAGGAGGUGGCUUCGGAACCUACGGCUACGGGAACAAUGCUGCAUACAAUUACUACAACAACGGAGGCUCAAACGGAGGAGCCGGGGCGUCCAACAGCCCGUCCGGCGGCCCCCCGGCCAGCCCGGCGCCGGGGUCGGCUCAGGGCUCCUACGGCUCGUACUUCCACAGCGACGGGGCCUACGCCGCCAUGACUGCAGCGAAAAGCGCCAAAAAGAAACCCCCCAUGAGCAAGGGAGGGAAGGCCCCCUUUACAUGCCCCCCAGGGGCAAACAUUGGAGCAGUGGGAGGGUACCAGUCCAGCACCCCUCCGGGGCAGGGCUCCUACAACCAGUACGCCCAGGGCUAUGGGCAGGGGAAGAAGCCCUUCAACCAGAACCAGGGGGGGGCGGGUGGAUACUCGUACAGCACUGCUUAUCCAAGCCAGGUGACGGGGGGGGCCGGGGGGAGCCAAGACUACAGUUAUGAAGGUUUCACCAACCAGUCAAGUUACAACUCCCAGGGUGGUGGGGGGGGAGGUGGAGGCAACCAGGGCUUUGGCACCAACCACUCCCAGUACCACAACCCAGUGGGCUACGGCAGGGGAGACGGCAGCAUGAACUACCAGUACAGAUAAACUCUUAAUCACUCCGCCUGUGAAUCCUCGGCACCAAGCGCUCUGCAUCGGUGUCUGGAGCCUUCUCCAAAGAGAGCGACGUGACGGCUCGCCUGUGCUCUCUGCCUUUUUCUCCCUGUUUGCUUCUUCUGUGCUAUUGAGUUUUUAUGUGGCACACUUGGGCACAAAUUGAGUUGUCUGGACUUUUUGAAGAGUCCCAGAUAAGUUGCAGAUUCAUUUAGUGGUCUGUUUCUGUGGUCUGGUCCGUUCUUAGUCUUGUGUUUUUAGGUUAUUCUUUUAUUUUUCAACUCCAUGCUACCAGUCCUUGUCACUAAAUAAUAUGUUAAUUUCUUCUACAAAUUACUUGCUGGCUCUGACUCGGUUUCCUUUUUAAUACAAAGGGGUUGUGUGGCGAUGGCUGUCGACUAGACUAGUCAAAUCUUGUAGUUUUUAAACUACAGAGCUGGUUGUAUUUUUUUAAUUAAAUCCCAAUAAGCUUGGUUUAGUUCUGCAUUGCUUGUAAUUUUGGCUUUUUUUGUAAUUUACCUAAUGUGAUGUAGUUAUUUCAAUAAAUGUUUUUUGGAGAUAACUGGAAACUACUUCCAUCCUGAUGUCAAAUUUACAUUUCUGCUCAAUGUUUCGUUUCAUUGAGUUGGAUUUGUUCUUGUUAAUGUAAAACAAAGUGUUUAUUAAAAAAAAUAUUUUUAUUUUGAA